CCCCGGGCCAGGCUUUGGCUGUCCUCUGCUUAGGAUAAUCCGCGAUGAGUGAGUUCGUUCCAGAUCCUCGCCGGGAUUUGGAGGCGCUGCAGAGCUGUUGUGCAGAGUCUCGGGCGGCUGCACCUGUACCUUCACCUGCGGCUGUGGGUAUACUGCAUAAAAAUACAUGAAUUUGAAUGGAUUUAGAGGUUAAAGGAGUUGCUGCUUCUCCUACAAGUCAAACACAGCCUUUCUCUGGAAAAAAGAAGCCAUUACAUGAUGGAAUUCCAAGUCACGGUUAUUCCACGAUCCUUGUCUACCUGUAUGUGCUAAAAGAACAGCUACAUAAAAGAGGCGUUCGUAUUUUGACUGGAUUGGGAAAAUACCUGCAACAGUUGGACAAAGAAGGAAAUGGACUUUUAGAUAAGGCAGAUUUUAAGCAAGCACUAAAAAGGUUUCACUUAGAAGUGUCUGAAAAGGAUUUUGAAUCUCUAUGGCUAAUUCUAAAUGGCAAUGGCAAGGUUGAUUAUGGAGAAUUCAAACGUGCCAUUAUUGGAAUGAAUGAAUAUAGGAAAUCAUUUGUUCGAAAGGCCUUUAUGAAACUGGAUUUCAACAAAACUGGCAGUGUGCCUAUUAUAGAAAUUAGAAAAUGUUACUGUGCAAAGAUGCAUCCUCAAGUAAUUUCAGACCAUUCUACAGAAGAAGAAAUUAAAUCAUCCUUUCUAGAGACAUUAAAAGACGCUUGCAGCAAGUCUGAUGAAGUGUCAUAUGGUGAAUUUGAAGAUUACUAUGAAGGCCUAAGUUUAGGGAUAGUAGAUGAUAAAGAUUUUGUUAAUAUUUUACAUACUCCUUGGGGGAUUUAGUUUUUAAAAAUGUUAACCUUUUAAAGGAGAGAUUAAUUGAAGGUAAAGUUUGAUCCAACAUUGCAAUAUAUUUUUCCAGGACUCCAGAUGUAGAGGUAUGUGUAUGUUCUUACACAUGUAUGAGUGUUUGCUUAUGUAUACGUUUAUAAAGAUCUUUUUGAUUUGUUACUUAUCUUGAGCAUGUUUUAUUUGAAUAUAUUUUAGAAGAUUCUUUAAAUUAAUCUUCAUAGGAAAGUUACUUCUAUAUCAAGCUCUGCGAGACCAUCUGUAUAAUAAACAAAUUUCUUUUCCUUUGGUUUUUGCCAUCAAUCCCUCAAAUGUAAUUGACACUGCCACCAUUCUCAACUUGAUAAAUGGAAAUUGGGCCCAAAGCCUAUGAAAUGGAAAUAAUUCAGCCUGUUUCAAACAUGAAAAUGUUAAAGAAAUUGAGGUAUAUGCAAGAGAAUUUUCCGAACAGUGUGAUUAUAGAUAUUUUCUAUAACAUAAAUAUUUAGAAUAUCAAUGGCCAACCCCUAAAAUGUAUAAGCACUAACUUGUCUUUAUAAAUUCUUGCUUUCUAUAUUGUGUGCUGUUUGUGCAGUAGAGCUGUCCCCUAAAAUUAAUGUAUGUUAUUCUAGACAUCGUUUUGGUAUAUUAAAUGA